GCUGUGCGGAGCCGGGAGGCAGGCAGAGCUCGCCACAGCUGUGCUUCGCCCUUUGUCGGUCUCUGCUCCUCGCCUGCGCCUUUCUAUCCGGUACGUAGGAUACAAAGAGAGAGGGACAGACAGCAUGAAAUAGAGACACAGCAUGAGAGCGGCGGGGGCAGCAGAGGGACACGAGAAACCAAACCGGACUACAGUCUAGUCCAGACACGGAUACUAAUACUUUCAGACUGGAUACGGAGCUCCGCCGAUGUACGCACUGGAUUUAACCCACCAAAGAGUGUCGAGACCAAGGGGAGAGGGGCGGACUUUAUCGCGCAGGACUGUCGUGGUUUAGGAAGGGCGUCAUGGAUAAAACUUUGCACAUUCUCCAGAAAUCCACAGACGGUGUGCCGACUGGGAUCUCCCUGGAUAUGAGUUUGAAUAUGGACGAAGGGGAAGAUUUCACGGAACAGCGGAUAGUGGGUCUCCCGGACAAAAUACCUCUGGUGAAACCAUAUUUCAAGAAGAAGCAGCGGAAAUUGGACGCCAAAUGCCUCCACCGCGCACUGGAGGACCCCAUACUGACCACGCUACUGAGCACGGAUGCGCUUGUGUCCGGGGACGGGGUGUUCGUUCCCCGGAACCAGCCGGGCAGGACUGCGGGCAACCUGUGCGCAGCGGUCGUGGUGAAACAGAACUGUAUGGGCCAAGUGUGUCUCAAAGACCCGAGUGCUGCCGACGACACCGCAGCCGGGACCGGGGUGCCGGGACUGAUGGCCCGCGACUGUGACGUGGAAAUAGCCGAUACUACUGCGGAGCUGGAGGAGACUGAGCGGCGAGCGGAGCGACCCAAGAUCACGGACCCUACACCCCCCGAAAGCCGCUGCUUUCAGCCGAAACCUGGCCUCCGGGCGGCCGGUAGCACAGUGACAAUAACGACCCCCAGCCGAGAUAUACCUCCCACAGUUGCACCCCAGGCUCUUCACCAGGAGGGGAGCAUCACAAGCAAUGACCUCUUAACCUCUGGGUCUAAAAACCCUCCAGUCAAAGACUUCAUCGGUGUCCAGGCCCCCCUUUCCCUCCUCCUGCAGCCCGACAAAGGAGUGCUAUUUCAGGACAAAAGUGAAGAGGCCUCCUUGGACUUGGUCUUUGAGCUGCUCACGCAGCUCCAGUAUCACACACACCAGUCGGACUCAGUGGACAUUUGUGUAGAUUUCCUCCAGGGACAGUGUGUAUACGGUAAUGACUGCGCCCACCACCACACUGUCCUGCCCUACCACUGGCAGAUCCGCAGGAGCAGUAAUCAGACGUGGCAGAGCAUAGCAGACGACUCCCAGGAACAGCUGGAGAGACUGUACUGUAACCCGGACAAUGAGCAAGUCAGGCUCAAGUUUCAGGGUCGUGUGUUUUCCCUAGACUUCGGCGCGAUGCGAGUGUGUGACCUGGAGUUUGACCGCGUCCGACGACUGACCACUCCCGCCAGCCCUCUACCCACGCCUCCAACGAACCCAAACCCCACCCCCAGCUGUCACACAGUGUGGAAGUACUACUGCAGAGACAACUUUGGCUGGAGGGAAUACUCCGAGCCGGUGGUGAAGCUCAUCGAGGAGGCAAGUUCAAGGGGUCUUAAGGAGGUGCGAUUCAUUACGCUCCAGAACCAGUAUAUCCUCAACAUCAGGGAGGGCUUCCAGCAGAACGCCGUCUUCGGGUUCCGGCGUCAGAUCAAGAAGCGGCCCACGUUCAUGUCCUCUGUGAUGCUCACGCCACUCCUACAGACGUUGGGCGGCCUCUCUUCAUUUCCCCUCCCCUGUUCCUCCUCCUCCUCCUCCUCCUUGUCCAUGGAUCUCACUGUGUCGCAUCCCCUCUCGCCGACCACCACCAACCCACCCAGCCUUUUUCCGGAAACAUGGUUGCCCAUGACGAUGAGCCAGGACUUCCUGCAGGUGCCGGUGUCACGCGAAGACCGCAGCUACCGGACGGUGUACAGCCUUUUCCACAAGACGGUGUCGGAGACCAAGUUUAGGAUCCUCAAGAUCCAGCGUGUGCAGAACCCCUUUCUCUGGGAGAAGUACAAGAGGAAGAAGGAGUACAUGUCUCGGCGUAUGUCGGAGAUGGACCGGCUGCUGAGCGAGCGCCACCUCUUCCACGGCACCUCGGCUGACGUGGUGGAGGGCAUCUGCAAGCACAACUUCGACCCCCGAGUCUGCGGCAAACACGCCACCAUGUUUGGCCAGGGCUCCUACUUUGCCCGCAAGGCCGUCUACUCUCACAACUUCUCCAAGCGCUCGCCCAAAGGAGUCCACUGCAUGUUCCUGGCCAAAGUCCUCACUGGCAGGUUUACUGUAGGAAAUCCCUCCAUGCGGCGACCUCCACCCAUCAACCUUCGUGACCCCUCCAGUGACCUUUAUGACUCCUGUGUGGACAACUGGGUGGACCCCCAGAUCUAUGUCAUCUUCAACGAUGACCAGAGCUACCCCUACUUUAUCAUUCACUACGAGGAGGUACCCAGCACUGUCGCCGUCUAAGCCCUGGACCAGACCUGGGUCUGCCUGCGUUUGCAAAUGCGUCUAGUCUGUGAAUGUGCCAGAUGUGUGGAGUUUGCCACUUCAGGUGAAAAGGUUACAGUUUAGGCCAAUAACGAGCUGAACUCUAGAGCCAGACUAAACUUCACCCAUCUGCUGCGCUUAAACAGGUUAAAACAGUCUUCGGACAUGUUUGCAAAUACUACAUGAUUCGGGUCUGCAGUCGGCUGGAUCCAACCAGACUGGAAUUCACCGAAGAACAACAGACUGGUCUAGACCGGAUUAAACUGGACAACGCUGUAUUAGCAAAGGACAACACCUGUUUCAUCCAGUGUUCAGAGGUGGAUGACAACUGACAUCGACAGCUGCGACCCCAACUGACUUGACUGGACUCAUAUUCCACACGUUCUUAUCUAGUAGGAUCAGGAGCCUAGUGAUGAUCACAACGGGAUUUGAUCUACCUUAUUGAUCUGGAGCAGAUGCAGGAGAAACCAAACCUAGUCCUCUUAUCGUUUUGACUUAGUCGUAUGGCUGUACAUGAACUCCGUUCCGCACCAGGACAAAUGCUGUGGUAGGCCGUUAGCGUCCUGCCAGUGCUUUGAAUGACCCACUGGCAGUAUUGUUCUGAGGAAGCAGCAACCAACCAAUCAGACGCUAACCCCCCCCCC